UAUAUACACAUAUAUAUGUAUGUAUUUAUAUAUAUAUACAAACACACAUAUAUGUGUAUUUACAUGUAAUCUAUUGACAAUCUGACAGUUAAACAUUUAAUAGAUAUUCCUCACUUGUGUAAACACACAUCUUUAUACGUCGAUUAUAACAGUUGUACGUGCAUCGAAAGAUCAACAUAUAUACACGCAUUUAGUUAUGUAUAUUCUCACAUAUUUAUGUUAAUUCAUUAAGAAACUAUUACACCCCUACACGCCCACCCCGCUACACGUUUAUAUACGUCGAUUCUACAAGACACGUGGAUUUCAAGAACUGCGACUGGGAUACAGGACUGCAGUCCUUCCAUCUGGCACGUUGUGGACACAGAGAAAUAAUCUUAUUGUUGUUGGUGGUGUUGCUGUUAACUUGUUAACUGUGGAAGUGGUGGUGGUGGUGGUGAUGUCAGUUGUAAAAGCUGAUUACAAAGGUAACAGAUGAAGUGUGAAAACAGUCUUGAUGAUGAAAGUGGAGCUGGUGGUAGCAGUGACGUAACUGAGAGUGGAGAAUCACAACCGGUUUCUACUCUUCAUUCAGGAUCAUCAUUGUCAUCAUCUUCAUCUUUAUUGUCACCUGCAUUAUUACAGCUGACUGAAAAGCAGUCCAAAAUUCUUCAACAAUUCCGUGAAAAACUCAAAGAUGUCCUCACACCCGUACAUGAUGACAGCUGUCUCGUCCGCUGGCUCAAAGCCAGGAACUUCAAUAUUGACCAGUCGGAAGCGAUGUUUCGUAAGGAUCUGUCCUGGCGUGCAGAGAUUGGCGCCGACACCAUUGUUGAGGACUAUGUCAAUCCAGAGGCUGUACAAAGAUAUUACACCGGUGGUGUUUGUGGUUUUGAUAAAAUUGGUUGUCCAGUGUGGUAUGAUCCAGUUGGAAACUUAGAUAUGCAAGGUUUAUUGAAGUCUGUGAAAAAGUCUGCCCUCAUGAAGAACAAGGUAAAAUGUAUGGAAGAAAUCUGCCGACUGCUCGAAACAUGUUCAAAAGAGAAGAACAGAAAAAUUAACCAGGUUGUAUCUGUACUGGACGUUAAGAAUCUUGGCCAGAAGCACCUCUGGAAACCAGGUGUGAAAGCUUUCUGUGAGAUAAUCAGUAUGUUUGAAGAUCAUUACCCGGAAGUAUUAAAACAAUGUUUUAUUAUCAAUGCUGCCUCCAUUUUCCCCUACCUCUUCAAUAUAGUCCGACCAUUCCUUAGUUCAGCGACUCAGAAUAAAAUCCAUGUUCUUGGAGUCAAUUACCUCUCAACAUUACAGCGGUACAUUGAUGCCGACCAAAUUCCAGCAUUUUACGGUGGAACUGUUCAUGAUGCAAAUGGUGACCCAAAGUGUUCCUUACAGAUAUGUUAUGGGGGUGAGGUCCCCCCGUCUUACUACUACAAUAGAGAAUUACUGCAUGGACCAACUAAACCUAAUGAGCUGUUGGUAAAUGCCAGGUCUUCAGCUGAGGUUUGCAUUGAUGUGGAUCAACCAGGGAGUUUAUUAUCCUGGCAGCUCACUACAAUUGACUGUGAUAUUUAUUUUGGGGUUUACAAAUUGUAUAAAAAGGGUUCUGAAGCUGUGGAGAAGACCAGUGUUGUUCCUCAGCAACAAAUAGACAACCAUCUUGUGCCUGAAAUCAGUAAUUUUGUCUGUGAAGAAUCAGGAAGUUGUAUGUAUUUCAUUUACUCUUUACUCUUUUACUCUUUUACUUGUUUCAGUCUUUUUGACUGUGGCCAUGCUGGAGCACCGCUUUUAGUCGAGCAAAUCGACCCCAGGACUUAUUCUUUGGAAGCCUAGUACUUAUUCUAUCGUUCUCUU